AUGUUUUGCAGGCGCCGCGCUGAAAUUUGUUGUCAAGGAGAUUUUCAACCAAACUGGAUAAUGGAAAACUUUUUGGUGAGAAUGAGAAUGAAAAAAAUAGGAAAUAAUUUUCAAAAAUCGGGAUUUCAGCAUUUUCUGGAAUUGGCAAAUGAGGGAAAGAGAAAAAUGGGAAGACCUCCGAAAAUUGCACCAUAUUCACAUUAUGAUGAGGUAGGUUUUUAAGAAAUUAAAAUUGGGAUUUUUGAGAUUCGGUUGGCAGAGGAAAAGCUUCAAGAGAGGGGAAAUGGAUCAGUGGAGGCGGUUAGGUACUUUUGAUCUCAAGGUCACGGGUUCAGUUCCCGGUGCCGAUAGAUUUUCAGUUUCAUAUUUUCAGAUAUGUUAAAAAGUUAUAAUUUUCGGCCUGAAACAAAAAACUGCUCUACAUGUUGUUUUCGUGUAGAAGCCUAAACCUAAAGAUAAUUUGUAGGCGGAGCUAAUAAAACUUGGUGCGAAAACUUCGAAGAAAACUAAUAAGAAUUUUUUUUCGGUUGGCUGAUUAAAACGCCGUGAAAAUUGAGCUCAAAAAUCAAUUUUGUAAAAUGCUGAAAGUAGCUAAAAAUUAAAGUUCAGGUGGUUCAAAAAAUCAGAAAAAAACAUUGAAUAAACUGGCUGCAAACGUAGAGAUGUUUACAAAUCAAAAUUUCCUAAUUUUGCAGUACAAACCAUCGGAUGUUGAAUUCUUCAUCUCGCUAAUAGUCGGCCGCGAAAAUCUCUACAAUCCGUGCGACGAAUUCAACGAGGAUCGACAGAAAGCCUUCUACUUCAUCGAGAAAAAAUGCUCGCAUUUUUUGGCGAUGCGAAAAGGUCGAAAUGCCGAAAAACUUUGGCUUAAUUUGUUCACCAAUUUCGAGAAAGAGUAUAGGAAUCGAACUCGGACAAGUUCGAGUUCGGAGCAACUGAGCACUGAAACUACCAGCACACCAUUCCCAUUUUAUCGCUAUAUGGAAUUUUUGAUACCGUAUAUUGAGCGAUUCGAAAAUCAACAGUAAGUGAGAAAAAUGGAGAAAGGGGAAAGGGGAAAAUAGGGAAAUGAAACUAAAAAUGGUCUUCAUUUCCAAAUUCUUUUGGAAAAAGGAAACAAUGACAAAAGAAUUCUUCCAUUCUUUUCAACAAAAUUGGGGAAUUUUUGAGAAGUGUCUUGAAUUUCAAAAGGAAAAGGAACAAGAACGAAAGAUCAUUUCAGAUUGGAAAAAAUGAGAUAUUAAAUAUUUGGAACUCACUGGAUCUAAAACAAAGGUUGACCGAUAAAAAAUUAAGAAUCGAUUCUGAUAGACUACUAAAUAUAUAGAAUUGAAAAACACCAAAAUAAAAAUUGUUUUCCUUAUUGUUAGGUGAAAAUUCUUAUCAAAAUACAAACAUUAUUUCAAAGUUUGGAGCACCACAUGUGUAAAAGUGCAACACAUUAACAACUUUACGUAUUUUCCUUAUUUCAGAAAUACAACAGUCAAUACAAAUGCACUUUUCCUAAAUCUUCAAUCAAAUCUAACAGACGAAGAAGUGAAUAUCAAAAGACCACGAAUAGAUACAGCAGCACAAGAGGAGUGGUUCUUGAAAGUUCUCGAAACUGUCGCCGAAACUCAAAAAUCGAAAAUAGUUCCGAUUCGUGAACCAUCUCCUCCGCCAAUUCCAACACGAUCUAUUGAUCAACAAAUUGUCAAAGAAGAAGUGCCAAUUCCAGAAAAAUAUGCAGAUAUUAUAACAUGGAUAACAUCAUAUUUGGAUUUAGUGCCAAAUGACAAAAUGAUGUUAAGCAAGGUUCGAUUAUUUCAAUUCAUCGAAAGUGAAAAACAAAAAAUCAAAGAUAAUAUACCAAUGACAUUGUAA